AUGGCAGACGAAGGGGAAGGAUCCGACAGCCCGGAGCGUGCCGCUGCCGGCGAGGGCAGCACGAGCGACGCAGCUGCGGGCGCCGCGCGGCCGCCCAACGCUGCGUCGCGCGGCCUGAUGAACGAGCUGCUUACGAGUGGCGUAAGCGUGGCUUGCGCGACCGUCGUCACCAACCCCCUCGACGUGAUCAAGACGCGCAUGCAGCUGCGGCAGGCGCAGGGCGGCUCGCACCCCGGCCUGGUGGCCACGGGGGCUGAGAUUGUGCGCGGAGAGGGCGCGGGGGCCCUCUGGAAGGGCCUGCCGCCGGCGGUGCUGCGGGGGCUGCUCUAUGGAGGCAUGCGCAGCAGUGUUGCCAGCAGCGGCAGCAGCGGCAGCGGCGACGGCAACAGCAGCAGCGGCAGCAGCGGCAGCAGCGGCAGCGGCGGCAGCGGCAGCAGUAGCAGCAGCAGCGGCGGCGGCAACAGCAGCAGCAGCAGCAGCAGUAGUAGCAGCGGCAACAGCAGCAGUAACAGCAGCGGCGGCGGCACUGGCGGCGCGGCGCCCGCGUCGGCAGGCACCAAGCUGCUGGCCGGCACGCUCAGCGGCGGCGUCGCCGCGGCGGUGUGCAGCCCGACCGAGUUGGUCAAGGUGCGCCUGCAGGCGGCGGGCAGCACGCACAGGAGCGCGCUGGCGGCGGCGCGGGCGGUGGUGGAGGCGGACGGGGUGGCGGGGCUCUGGAAGGGCGCCACGCCUGGACUGGUCCGUGCAGCGGUCCUGACCGCAUCGCAAUGCGCCACCUACGACGAGACCAAGCGGCGCGUCAUGGCGUCCACCGGCUGGGGCGACACCGCGGCCACCCACCUGGCGUGCUCCCUCAUCACUGGCCUGGCGAGCACCACGGCCACCAACCCCAUCGAUGUCGUGAAGACACACAUGUUUGUAUCCGGCCGCGCGGGCGGCGGGCCGCUCGCGUGCGCCGCGGCGCUGUACCGGCGGCAGGGGGCGGCUGGGUUCAUGCGGGGCUGGUGGGCAAACUACUCGAGCGCCCGGGCUCCUUCAGCCUGUGCAAACUAA